GUACAGUGUCCCCCAAAAUCUCAGCAUCCGCUUCAGUUCGGUUUAGGGUUUUAGGAUAAACAACGACAGGAUAGAGGAUCCAUAACAAUUAACAAUGUCUGGAAGAAGGUUCCUCUCGUUCUUGAAGCGCAGUCCUUCGACAACGAGCGAGGUAGAGGAAAGCGGCGCAAAAACGUGGGGGCGGAGGAUAGUAUCGGGAACAUUGAUCUGCGUAACAGGAGGUUUUGCUCUUAGCGCCCUCGAUGAUCUCUCUAUAUAUCACAGCUGUAGCAGCAAGGCCUUAGAGAAAGCCAGUAAGAACAAGGCCAUAAUAGAAGCUAUAGGAGAGCCCAUCGUUAGAGGACCUUGGUAUAAUGCGUCGCUAGGACUAGCUCACCAAAGGCAGUCUGUAUCGUGCACGUUUCCUGUAUCAGGACCUCAGGGCUCUGGGAUCUUUCAGCUGAAGGCAGUUCGUAAUGGAAACGAUACAUGGAUGUCAUUCUUACGGCCCCGUGACUGGGAAAUCCUCAUCAUGGAAGCUCUCGUCCACGUCCCUGGAAACGAGGAGAAGCAGCAAACUUUUCGAAUCACUGUUUCGGACGACUUGCCCCCUCCAACAGCUUGUGUGUCAUGCCCUGAUCUUAUGUCUCAAAAAUCAGAUAGUGUGGAGAAUAACUGAAACUCUCUAUCCCUCUUGGAUUUGCCAUUCUGAUUCUUUCAGAUAAUACUAGAGAAUAAUGCAGAGUAUAAAGUUUGUAUUUCUAGAGUGGUUUUUGAAUUUUUAUGAAGGCAACUUCAACAGAUUUAUGAACAACAUUAAUUUUGUUGAGUAAGAUCAUACAGAAGAUGUAAAUCACGCUAGGAAAAUCCUGUGCACGGGUUUGACUGAGUGGAUGUUGACAAUAAUUGAAUUUGUGUCAUUCUGAUA